AAACCCGAGUUUUCUUUCUAAAGUCAUCGACCAAUAAUAUAUGUUUUGAUACUAACAGUUCUUCAGUUAUUAUUGCAGUUCUUUCAAGAUCAGUCCAGGUACCUAUUCAAUUUGCGCGAACCUUAAAAAACGCAUCAGCAUGAAACGUUUCACGAUCACUUGUGUUUGUGUAAUCAGUUUUUUGUUAGUUGACCCAAUUUAUAAUGCUCCCAGUCCCAGACAUAGAAAUAGAGAUCGUUCGUCAACUACGUUUGAUCAAACGCAAUCUGGGGAUUAUAAUGUUCAACUGCAUUUGAAAGACUUUCAUAUUAUUGCCGUACUUGGAGACGACUCCUGGGGAAGUUUAGGCGAUUAUGACUACAAUUACGACUACUCUGAUUUAACUAUCAAACCAAUUGUACCAGCUACAUCCGAACAGCCCCCAGCAUCUUCGAGUGUUUCGCCAGACAUGGAAUCAUCCCCAAACGAUGUAUCAAAUGCAACAAGUACUACGAAAGUAAGCAGUGAGCAACAAUCGAGUACCGAAUCAGUUUUGUCCUCAACUACCCCUAAGCCGAUUGAAACAACGAAAUCUGAACCAAUAACCAAUGUCUCCUUAAUACCAGUGAAAAUCAUAACAGACGGUGAUAGCGAUCAUCCAUUACCACCUGGUGAAAUUCUUCACUACAGAAAGUGCACGGAAGGGUAUUCCAGGGAUGCACAAGGUCGAUGUCGAAAAAUUGUGAGAAAAAGUUCACAACUUCCGUUCGGUAUUACCCGAUUUGCAGCAAGCCUCGCAUCAAAAAUUAGACGAAUAGGAUCAGCAACAUCGUAAAUUGUUGAGCAGUGUA